ACUGUCGAAGAGUUUUUACUGAGGCGGAGGGAACAGAGUCCAGGAUCAGGGAAACAAAAACAAUUUUUGAUAAAGGUGUGCUGGUGUUUUUAAUCCAAUCUCUCAGCAAGUGGAACAUUCACAGUCCCAACAAUGGGCAAGGAGGAAUUAACUUUACCUGGCUUCUCGCAAAACACUAUCCAAACACCUAUUCCGGAGAACACUGCAGCCACUGAUGACAAUGUCCCCGAUGGCGAUGAGAAUUUGGAACGAGGCAACUGGUCUUCGAAGACUGAGUACUUACUCUCAAUGAUCGGCUAUGCUGUGGGUCUGGGCAAUGUCUGGCGAUUCCCUUAUCUGGCAUACAAAAAUGGAGGAGGAGCGUUUCUUAUUCCCUAUGUUAUCAUGCUGGCGUUCGCAGGGAUGCCUCUCUUUUUCUUGGAGUGCUCAUUUGGACAAUUUGCCAGCCUUGGACCUGUUGCAGUGUGGAAAGCUGUGCCAAUCUUACAAGGUGUGGGCAUUACUAUGGUACUUAUAUCAACAUCUGUGACCAUUUAUUACAACUGCAUCCUCGCCUACAGUCUAUUCUACUUGUUUGCCUCCUUCCAAUCUCCACUGCCAUGGUCAGACUGCUUCAGUUGGUGGGGUGCAGAUGAAGCCUGCAGUAGGACAUCCAAAGAUCCAUUCUGCAAUUUUACACUGGAUAAUGGAGAUAUUGAAAUUGUUAAUUCAACAUGGCUACAAGCAAACAAUAUAACUUGCACAAAUGGAUCACAAAUCUAUGUUCCUCACCAGGGUCCAAGUGAGCAAUACUGGGAUAAAGUGGCUUUACGCCGCACAAGUUCAAUGGAUGAGACGGGGCAGAUAGUCUGGUACUUAGCCCUCUGUCUGCUUCUGGCCUGGUUGAUCGUUGGGAUGGCACUAUCCAAAGGAAUCAAAUCUUCAGGAAAGGUGGUUUAUUUCACAGCAACAUUUCCUUAUGUGGUUCUCAUUAUACUCCUGGUCCGAGGUGCUACUCUGGAAGGUGCCUAUAAAGGAAUUGAAUUCUAUAUUGGAAGACAGUCAGAUAUCAGUAGAUUAUCUGAUGCGGAGGUCUGGAAAGAUGCUGCAACUCAGAUAUUCUAUUCAUUGUCAGUUGCUUGGGGAGGUUUAACAGCACUGUCAUCCUACAACAAAUUUCACAACAACUGUUACACAGAUGCCUUAAUUAUCUGUGUUAUUAAUUGUGGUACAAGUGUGUUUGCGGGAUUUGCCAUCUUCUCAGUCCUUGGACAUAUGGCUCAUAUACAAGACAAGCUUGUAUCAGAGGUUGCAAAAUCAGGUUUCGGUUUGGCUUUCAUUGCCUAUCCAGAAGCUCUUGCACAGCUGCCAGUGGCACCUUUUUGGUCCAUUUUAUUUUUCUUCAUGUUGGUCACUCUCGGACUUGACAGUCAGUUUGCAACUAUCGAAACAAUUUUGACAGCGCUGCUGGACCAAUACCCCAAGGUUCUACAAUCAAAACGCAUUUAUCUGACAGCAGGCAUUUGCUCAAUAUUUUUUUUCCUUGGCCUUACAUGUGUGUCACAGGCUGGUAUUUAUUGGAUCAAUAUCAUGGAUCAUUUCUGUGGUGGAUGGGGAAUUCUAAUCGCAGCUGUUGUAGAACUUAUUGGUAUAAGCUGGAUCUAUGGGGUAAACAGAUUUAUCAAGGACAUUGAGAUGAUGAUCGGAGAAAAAAGUUGGAUAUUCUGGCUGUGGUGGAGACUGUGUUGGUUUUUUAUCUCCCCAUGUCUGCUGACAGCAAUUUUAAUUUGGUCCUUAGCAACAUUUGUUCCACCAACAUAUGGAUCUAUUCCAUAUCCUACUUGGGGAAUAGCACUUGGCUGGUGUAUGAUUAUCUUCUGCGUUAUAUGGAUCCCCAUUAUAGCUGUUGUGAAAAUUGUUCAAGCCGAGGGCUCUAGUUUAUUUCAGAAAAUCGUCAGAUCUUCCAAGCCAACUCCGGACUGGGGUCCUUACUUAAAGCAGCACCGAGGAGAAAGAUACAGCAAUAAGCAUGAUUUCAAACAAACUGGCUUGGCUGAGAUGGCAAAAUUAUAGGCACUAGUUACAAUUCCAUUUAUAAAUAUUGUUCCAAUAUUGAAGAAUAUUUUUCAAAAUAGGGAAAAUAGCUUCAUCUAAUAAAUCAGGCAUAGCACAGGGACAAUCUUAAGGACACAAGCUCUUCAUGUACAGUUUUGCCAGAGAGCAUUUCUCAAAAAUUCUUGCUUGUGAAUCCUUGGUAAAGAAGACUGACCAAGUUUCCAAAGUGCAAACCAAUGGUCAUGCCUAAAGUACAUAUUCAUUAAAUUAUCCUUCUCAACUAUGACUUUAAAUAUAUCAUAAUAUAAUUUUUUUUAAUGACAAUGACAAGUAUCCUAACUCUCAAGCAGUAGAUGUCAUGGAUUAAAUCAAAAAAAGAUAUGGAAAUAUAAUUCAACGGAUACUUUUAAGGCUGAGAUAGAUAGAUUCUUGAUUAGUAAGAGUGCCAAGGGUUAUGGGGAGAAGGCAGGAGAAUGGGGUUAGGAGGGAGAGACAGAUCAGCCAUGAUUGAAUGGUGCAGUAGACUUGAUGGGCCGAAUGACCAAAUUCUGCUCCUUUCACUUCUGACCUUAUGAUAAUGCCACCCACCGUAACACCUACUAGUUUCAUUUUUAAAACAAGAGAUGGUUGAUCAAAAAUCUCCUGAUAAAGAGAUUAAACUUUAAAUAAUAUAUUUCAUACAUUUAUUUUAAUAAUCAUUCUAUUUUUAAUCAUUCAUAACUGGGUUUCCCAAAUUUCCAGAAAAGAUGACAACAGAAUGCAAGUAUCAUUGAUUUAUGAUACAGAAAAAGCAGAAUAUUUCCAUCCUUGAUGACAACUGAUUGCUGUUGGUCUGUUCACCUCUAUUAGAAUACUCAGCAGCAGUCUGUCUUUCACCAACCAUACCAAGACCGCACAACUAUAAUCAGGAACUGGACACCCCACAAUCUGGAAUACCCAUCCUAUAAGCCUCACUCAUUGGUAACUACCUGCUCAUUAUAGUCUUCGAUCUUAUCAAGACGGGCAUCUACCUGAUUAAAUAUAAGCCUAUUAAAUCAGGCACUGGAAUUUAAAGGAUACCUGCAAUUAAAGUCGGCAGUCAACAUUUGCAAAUGUUUAUCUACCACACAGCUACAUGCCUUUCUCUGUCUCCCCUCCACCCCUUAAAUUACCUUUCUUCACACUAAUGUCUAAAUUAAAGGUUUCCUUACUUUUCAGGUGCACCAGCCACCCGCACAUCUUCCCUGCAUACAUUGGUGGAGAAUUGUAAUGGUAACAAUUACAGCUAAGAGCCCACCUUAAUUACAUGACUGCUUGUUCGUUUAAGCAAAACAAUUUGCCACCAAUCCAGUGAGCAUAUUGCUCCAUCUGACAAUAUGAAUCAGUAAGAAGCAUCCUCCUCUCAACCCUAUAAAAUCUAAGCAGAGAGAAAAUAAAACUCAUAAGCAGGUUCAUCUGGUAGUGAGGAGGAUGGAGAAAUAUAGUGACUACUCAAAUACAAUUCAUACAUUUUUCCUCCAUCUUUUAAGAUUAAGUAUAAUUGAAAUAUUAAGUCCGGUUAUAAGACUGAUUACAAGUGAUUGUUUCAUUGUUUGCUUUUUGUUUACACUAUGUCACUUUAUACUACAAAUUAUACAAAGGCCUCUUGAAUAAUCACAGUCUCUUCUAACUUAUUCAAUCAAGUCCUGGGUAAUUGAUAGUUAAAGAGUGUUGGAGUAUCUUUGUUGGAGUCCAACUGUAAAUGUGGAUUCCAUUACUAUGAAUAUACCAGUUGACGUGACUAGAUUGGACAUUUGUUCUAUGUUCUGUCUGCUUUUAUUUCCUUUUGUAAGAUCCAAUUAUAUCAGUUAACGUUUCUGGUCUGGCUGCUUUUAUUAAAAUGAUCCCUGGACC